UCUAUUGAAUACUGAUUGACAUUGAAGAGAUGUAACAUCAAUUUGGAUAAACCACAAUAAACACACUCAGUUGUCGUUUCCUUAUAAAUAUACAACGCACACUACACGAAUCUCUUUAAGAUUACUUCCACAUCAAUAGCUCCAACAAAAUAGAGAGAUAAUGAGUUUUGUACUUCGACUUGUUGUGUUUUUUCUGUUGACGCUUACACUUACAUCCUCAGCCCGUACUUCUGUCUAUGUUUCAGGUCUUAGGAAGAUUGGACGACUCGAAAGAAGGUCCCAGAUGGUGAGCGUCGAGGAUUAUAAUGACCCGUCUGCAAAUCCAAAACACAACCCGGGCGUUCCUCCCGCAACCUCCGGACAACGCAGCCCCGGCAAAGGCUGACCUAGCUUGUAGGACAAGUCAUAAGGGAAGAAGACAUGUCUGAUGUGAAAUGCGGCAAAUGCCAAUAUGUAUAUUUGAUAUAAAUAUUUCCAAUUUUAUUUUAUUUUAUUUCUUGCAGAUGCCUAUGAUUUGAUUUGAUACCUUAUCUUCCAGUUUGAAGCAAUAUAAAAAAUGAUUAAAUAAAAC